CGCCCACGCCCUUUCAACUGUAUGCGCAGCACUGUGGCUCGCUCGGGCGGGGGCUGCCCUUGAUUGGUGUCGUCGUCAUUCUUACGGGAAUUAAUCGGCGGCGCGAGGCCAUCUCGACUCCUCCUCUCGACUCCUUCUCUCGACUCCUUUUCCUUGUCCCGACCUCAGCCUGCCCGACUGUGAGCCCCUGAGACAACGAGACAGCCGACCUCGUAACAUGGCAUCCUAGCCCUUUUUGUCCCUUGCUUCUUUUAUUUCUUUUGCUUUUCCUCCAUCAUCAUCCACCCGGGCGGCUGCGCUUUACCAACUGUCGUCCCUGUAGCGGUAGUCGCUCAUCCUGCCAGCGUGCCAGCGUGUCAGCCCAAUGGCAGUCUUUGUCGACCUCGAAGAUGGGCCGGAUCAGCCACAGGACUUCCAGCACGGCAAGCCCGUCUGGAAGCCCGAACCUGAGGACCGCCCACCGCGGCCGCCGUCGCCGAUGCCCGAGUCCGAGAGCGGAGCCGGCCAGGCCGUCAUGGCGGGCAAUCCGAACCUGAACUCGGUCACGGAGGCCCUGGGAUGUUAUCCGUAGGCCGAAAAUCUCCCCUUUUCCUCUCUCACCCUUUCUAUAUCCAUCAGUAGUCGGAUCACCUGGUGUUUUCUGUGCUUUCGAUACUCCAAUUUUCAAAAUGCCGUGAUAGUCGACGUGUUAUGCAGAUUCAGUGCAAGUCUUGAGAUCAGAAGAGGGACUAAAUGUCCUCGUCCCCCAGCAUCAUCGUGGUCAUCGCCGCGUCGCUCGACCUCAACUCGAUCGAUAGCCUGGCCCGCACCUGCCGCCAGGCCCGCAGCGCCCUCAUCCAGUAUCGCUCCAGUCUCAUCAAGUCCUCGCUGCGAUGUUUUAACGAGCCCCUGCCUGUCGACCCCGAGCAGACGCUGCGCUACCGUGCCCGUGCUGGCAACUGGUAUUACAUGGAGGAUACCAGCCGCACAAGCUACGGCGGCAAGCCCGGCGACUGCGCCCGAGACCUCGUCGGCGAAUGCCACAAAUGUGGUCAGGUUGUGUGUCGUAAUUGCGCGAUAAAACCGCCCGCGCCCAUCGUGCUCCGUGACAGGCACCGCCGGUUAUGCAAUACAUGCACCAAAGCACCCAUCACAGAGCUCGUGAAGCCGCCCCUGGACCCGACAACCCCUCUCGCCUCGCCCGCUAUGCAGAGUAAGAUUUGCCGCUGCGAGGGCGGCGUGUGGCUUUGUCAGACAUGCGGCCGCUCUAUCCGUGGCGCAGAUCAUGAGUAUAAGGGACUGUGGCGCUGGCGCGGUCAGUACGGGGAGGUCCUCGGCGGCGUGGGCACCGGGAUCGGCGAUGGGGACCGCGGCGUCCCGUGCGGGCGCGAGGACGAGUGCCUCGGCGCCAAAGAGUGCGAGCAUGAGACGGACUGCGAGGCCGCCGACGCCGCCGCCGCCGAUACCUACUUUGCGCAGCAGCAGCAGCAGUCCCAGGCCGCCGCCGCCGCCGCCACCAACCCCCUCCUGCUCCUGCAGAGCCCCGUCGCCACCUGGCCCAACAGCAACCACCACAACAACAACAACAACAACAACAACGGCGGCAGCGGCAUGGCGACGCCCGACUCGUCGUCGCUCAGCAGCCGGCGGCACACGCCCAGCCCCGGGUACGCGCGGCACGAGAUCGAGGGCAUCGGCGGCGUGGUCAAGACCAAGCUGGUGCGCAUGGUGCGCGUCGGCGCCGGCGUGCCCGAGUGGCAGGACGAGAAGCCCGCCAGCCGCGGCGGCGGCGAGGCCCUGGCCCGCGAGGUCGCCGGCCGCGUCCGCAGCUGGUGCGGCUGGUGCGCCAGGGUCAUUCCCGGCCGGGACGACCUGGCGCGCGACGCCGCGCGCCUGCUGCCGGAGGAGGAGGAGGAGGGGCAGGGGCAGGGGCAGGGGCGGCUGGGGAAAGCAGGAGGGGAAGGAAAAGGAGGGGAAGGAAGAGGAGGGUCGGCCGCCUUGGGGUCUUCAUCGGUGUCGACGGCGCCAUCGUUCUCGUCGACGGUUGCGCUCAGGGGCCGUUAG